AUGCAGGAGCUCUAUGAAACGGUCAGCAGAUACGCGGGGCGCGGUACACCUUUCCAUUCCACUGGUAGGGUUCUCCCCCGAAGGGCAGCGGUGCAGUUUGUUGGUUCUUUUGUUUGCCAGGGACGUCUAAAUGCCUUUUGCGCCGCUUUGGUGGCUCGUUUUAUGGCCUCGAAUGAGGCCCUCGUUGUCGUCUCACGUGAUGCUGUUCAAAAGGUUUCGUGCGACGGUUAUUCACUCCAGCCGGGACGCACCGAAUUGGGGCCCACUUCAGGGGAAAUUACAGGCGUUGUUGCGUCUGCCGGGUUUGUCACUGUUGGGUAUAGCGCUGGCGUGACUCGCUAUUCUUCAAGACUUCAACUUCAGCGAGAACUUUUAUUUGAUGGAUACGCGAAUAGCAUUCUUAGUAUUGCUGUUCCGCCGGAUGGAUCUUGCAUCGCCACAGGUGGUGGAAAUGCGGUUGUCACGGUUUGGUCAUCUGAGAUGAGUAAUGUCAUGCAUUACCUCUCUGGUCACACGGAUUGGGUCCGUUUUGUUAAAUUUACUAAAGACAAUGACCAAAGGCUACAACUGUUUAGUACCGGAGAUGAUGGACUCAUUCUCCAUUGGGAUCCAAUAGCUGGGCUGCUGCUUUCAAGAUUAGAUUCUUCACAUGGGGAGAGUGUUCGCGCCUUUGAAGUUUCCUGGCAAACAGGUUUCAUGGCGAUUGCCUGCGAUAGCCCGAUCAUUUCGUUGUAUAAACCGCGAGAAGGUGGAGUGACAGCGUCCUGCCGCCCGGAGAUACAUCGGCUAGAACAUAUUGGGCAGAUAACAGACGCCCACGGAUUGGUUCCCACGACGGUCCGAUUUUCGGGAGACUCACAAUGGGUGAUUAGCGCUGGAGAAGACGAAACACUUGCCGUCUCCUCUGUGACAGAGUUGAAGACGAUUUUUGUGUGUAGUGAAUUUAUUACACGAAGACACUGCAUGGCGUUUAUGAAUACCUUUACAUCCCUCUGCAUCCUUGCCUCGCCACCAGAGUCUUCUGCUAUUAUUAUUGUAGCCUGCGCUACGGACGGAACGGUCGUUCAGUGGGUCGUUAACCCUACCACCGCUAGAUCGAGCUACACAAAAAAGCUGCAGCUGCACCUUGGAGCGCUUGUGGCGAUGGAUUUUGUACGCGACAACGCCGGGUCGUAA